AUGGCAAAAAUUAUACACUUUACAGCACAGUUAUAUUUAAAACUUUUGCAGCACUGUUUUAAUAAAUACAUUUAUUUAUUUUGGUAAAAACAACUUUACGCCUGCAAAAUGUCCGAGCGCAAGGUUUUAAACAAAUACUACCCCCCGGACUUCGAUCCGUCGAAGAUCCCGCGGAUGAAACUGGCCAAAAACCGGCAGUACACCGUGCGAUUGAUGGCUCCAUUCAACAUGCGCUGCAAAACAUGCGGCGAGUACAUCUACAAGGGCAAGAAGUUCAACGCCCGCAAGGAGGACGUGGAGAACGAGACCUAUCUGGGCAUCAGGAUCUACCGGUUCUACAUCAAGUGCACGCGAUGCCUGCAGGAGAUCUCUUUUAAGACGGAUCCGCAGAACACGGACUACGAGAUCGAGGCUGGGGCCACGCGCAACUUCAUGGCCCUGAAGCUGGCCGAGGAGCAGGCGCGUCGCGAGGAACAGGAGCUGCGCGAGGAGGAGGCCAACAAUCCUAUGAAGCUGCUCGAGAACCGCACCCAGCAGUCGCGCAACGAGAUCGAGAUGUUAGAGAGCCUGGAGGAGUUGCGCGACCUGAACCGGCGACAGCAGACAGUGGACUACACUACGUUGUUGCAGCAGUACAACACAGUGGAGACGGAGAGGGAACGAAUGGAACGAGAGGAGCGCGAGGACGAGGACUUUAUCAAAUCCGUGAACUUCAAGAACAAAUCCGAAGGAGGCUCUCGCGUUGUGGCCGAGGAAAUCAUUGAGGAGGUUAAGGAGGAGCCGGUGGAUCUACUGCCAGCUCCACCACCAGCCAAACAGGCCAAGUCCAGCACGCUGAGUGUCUCCGCCCCUUCAUCCAGCAAAGUCUCUGCUUCGCAGCCCCUGGUUAAACGGAAGACACCCUUGGUACUGGUUAAACCAAAGGCAGCCGCAGUAGCGACUCCAAUCGAACCCAAGCCAGCAGCCAGCUCUACCUCAGCACCAUCUGUUCCAGCGGAAACUAAAGCUGCAAAUCCCGCACCAGCUGGACUUUCUCUGUUGGCUGCUUAUAGCGACAGCUCAGAGGAUUCCAACUGACAAGCAUUUACCUGACGCAAUUUCAAGCCAAUACAAAUUAAAAGAAUACAAAUCAAGAACUUAAA